AUGCCCGUUUCCGGUGCCGGUGUCUUGGUCGUUUCCUUGGUCCAGCUUGCCUGGGCGCAGUAUGAGAUCCCCCAAGCGGCGAUGGUGCCAAAGGGCUACGUCACCCCCGGCUGCUUCCAGGACAACUUGGAGGACAACCAGGUGUACUACCAACGCCUCAAGGACAUGUUCAACCCGCAUCAGACAAACACGUACUGCGGCGGCAACCUUUCCUUGAACGUGAACCAUCCCUGCAAGUGGUGCGGCGGCCAGGCGCAAAUGACUGUCGGACCAGUAAUCAACCAGUGCCAGUGGAGCAUGCGUGCUUUCCACUGGCAUGACAGUUCCAACGAAUGGGGCUCCUUGACGCAAGGGGUCAUGCAGGUGUACCUUGCCUCACCCAACAGCUUGCCAUGGAAGGUGAGCGUGAACACCAUUGGAGCUGGCGGCGUUUGGUUCUUCCCCAUGGGAUGGCCCCACGCGUUCCUGUGUGUCUCCGAAGAAGGUUGCAACUACGUCUUGACCUUCGACGGUCCGCAGGCCGUUGCAGUGAACGACCACAUGUUGGCCCAGAGCUAUUCCUCCUUGCCUUCCAAGAUUGCGUCCUUUGUCCAAGGUAUGACGGAGGAAGAGUGGGCUACGGCCAAGCCGAAGGUGGACAGCGUGGUGCCGGACUUCUAUGUGAAUGUGAACCCCGAGGAGUUCAAGUGGCUUGAGGAAGAGCUCGCUCUUCCGGCUGCGGUGAACGGUUCGGAUGUCGAGGUCAAGGACAACCGUCCCAACCUGGGCGUGAACGUCGAGGUUUGGAACAUCCGAACCGCGCAGUUCCCUUUUGCCACGCAGAUGUCGCAGCAGCGCAUCAAGCUGGGGUCCUGUGGCUUCCGGAGCCCCGUGUGGAUCACCAACGCCAACGCGCUCAUGACGGUGGUGAGCGGCAAAGUCAACGCCUUCGUUCAGGGCGGAAUCAGCGGAGGCUUUGACAUCACAAUCUCCGGGACGACCUACAACGGCACGAACCUCGAGGCCAACGACGCCUUCUACUUCCCCAUCCGCCGCAACUACUGGAUUGAGGAAGCCACUUGCGAGGAGGGCGCCGAGGCCGAGGUGAUCGUGAUCUUCGACGUCGGCGAUUGGGUCGGCUUUGAGAUGGCCGACGGCUUCGGCUGCCGCAACACCAACGGCCUCAUCGUCAAGGGCGGCAAGGGCCUGGACUUUGCACACGAAGCCGCCUUGGGCGGCAUCCAGUGCCCGGAGACGGUUCCCAACGAGCCGCAGCUCCGCCAGAAGGAGCAGAAGGGACAGCUGCGCCGCCACCGCCAGGACGACGCCAUGUCCUUCCUGCAGCAGCCCGGGAGCGGGGACACGGAGGAGAAGGUGGAGCUGUGA